AACUUCGUCACUCUUGUCUUACCACUCCAGUCCCCCAGGCUAGAAGUGUGUGUGUUGAAGGGGCUUGCCCAGCUCUUGCAUUCUGGCACCUGUUGCACUCUGCCUAGUUGCAAUUCAAUACAGUCCAAGGCUGGAGACACCUGAAAAAUAAUAAGACAAAAGACGUUUGGGGAUUUCAGUUCGUUAAGAAAACAGAAUUCUUCUACUUGACUGAAAUAUUCUUAUUUCCUGCAUGAUUGGUCUUGAAAACUGUGAAUGAUCAAUAGACAGCAUGCAUUUGAAAACUGGAUUAAUAUUUUUGAUCAUUUGCCUUGCUCUCCAAGUUCAGGGAAGCAGAGAAAUUCCUAAUAAAAUAAACCAUGCUGAAGCCAAACAUCUUGCAGACGCCUCAGGGUCAGACAAAACUGAAAGAACAACAAAGAGGUCCAGAGUAUCAACCAUAAGGCGGAUAUUUGACAUGGCAAAGCACCGAACAAAGAGGUCGUCCUUCUUCUCAACUGGUGUGAAAGUUUGCCCACAAGAAUCUGUGAAGCAGAUUUUAGCCAGUCACCAAGCUUACUAUAGAUUAAGAGUCUGCCAGGAAGCUGUGUGGGAAGCCUUUCGUAUUUUUCUGGAUCGGAUUCCUGAUACUUCUGAAUAUCAGAACUGGGUUACUGCCUGCCAGAGGGAAACCUUUUGCAUAUUCGACAUUGGCAAAAACUUCAGCAAUUCCCAAGAGCAUCUGGAAAUAAUCCAACGGCGAGUGAAACAUAGAACCUUCCAGGAAAGGAAAGAUGAAAUAUCCGCAGAGAAAAUAGGAGGCAAAAAGGUGGAAGAAAUUCCUUCCAUUUCUACAGGCUCCCCUGGCACACCCCUCUCUCCAUAUGCACCUAAUGGCACGCUGCUCAAUGAAAUCGUUAACGACACGAAGACUCCUGUGAAGGAGCUGGGAACAAAUGCAGUCCCUGAACUCCCUGUGGAGCAAAUGGUAGAAUUCAGUGUAACUCUCACUGAUCAGGAGUACACAGCUGAACUUAGUGAUCCCAACUCCCCAGAGUAUCAACAACUAGCUGCCAAAUUUCAGCUACAGAUGAAAAAAAUAUUUGAGAAACUUCCAGGAUUCAAAGAAAUCCGCGUAUUAGGAUUUAAACAGAAGAAGGAGAAAGAUGGAUCAAGCAGCACUAUAGCACGGUAUGUGGUGAACUUUGAGAGAGACAGCUCAGAAAGCAAAAGCACAGCAGAUGACAUCUCAACUAUUGGAUCUAAUAAAGUUGAAAGUGAAAAAAUUCCAAUUUCUCCCAUGGAAGAGAGGGAGAUAUCAGGAACUAAACUCACAGUAACAGACCUUCAGCAACUGGUUGCCAUUGCACUCCAUGAAGACCAGUCCCUGCCAAUGGACCUUGGGACACUUCAGUUUACUGAUGAAUCUAUUAUACCACCUAGUGAUUUUGAUAAUGAUAUCCAAGGCAUGGUCACUAUUCCUCUGGCAGGCCCUGAUUUGGAGGAAUCUAUGAGUGUGGAACUCCCACUAGGUUACCCCAGCCCAGCAACAGUGGACCAAAUAGGAGACACUUUGGUUGAUGAAUUUACAACCGGAAGUCCUGCUCUAAGUGAAGAAGAGAUCAGCAUCCCUGAAGAAUUUAAUAAUUUUAUUACAUCUGAACCUGAGUUCCCUACCAAACCCUCCAGAGAACCAUUUCAGGACAGAUCUCUACAAAAAGUUACUGACCACCAAAGUUUCACAGUGCCUUUCAGUGCUCUGGGGAGCACUAGCAGUCCUCCAAAAUCAGAGGUUUCCUAUCUGCCUCCUCCAGCAGAUGAUUCUGCUAGCAGUGGCUUAAUCACCGAUGGUUAUGAGUCUCCAGUGGAGCAGGCUACCACAAUGGCAAUUUAUACCACGGGUAGCUUUGCCCCACCUAGUCUGCAAGCCAGAGAUGAGGAUAGUGAACUUGAGGAGAAGACAGAACUGACUGAUAUAACAGAACCACCUUUCAAGGAAGCUGACCAAGACAUUCCGCCUGAACAAGCAGUUAAGAUCAUGGAAGAACCAGAAUCAUCAGGCGAUGAUGUUUUUGUUACAGCCAGCACUUACGAAACGUUGCCUUUCUUUAUCGGUUCAAGUGAUCUCUCUACCAUGCAGCCUGAAGGUGUUAUUACAGAUGUGCUUUCAUCAGACCAAAUAGCACCACUGCCUGCAGCAACCAGCCCAUCCUACAGCCCCUCUGAGAUCAUCGAACAGUCCCUCGAACUACCAGAUUCCUCAGCGCCUACCCCUGAGAGCGCUCCCCCCGAUGGCACUGGGAUGGGAGUGCAGGAUAUCGCUGCCGAGUUGGAUCACAUCGGUGGGCUGAGCACAGCAGCUCUGGAUGAAGGGGAGCACGGCAGCGGUUAUAUCCCAGUGCUGACAACUAAGCCUGCAGAAACCACCCCAGCCCCUACGCUGAAGUAUGUAACUACCAGCUCCAUGACAACUGCAGGCAAAGGCAAAGAGCUAGUGGUUUUCUUCAGCCUGAGGGUAACCAACAUGCACUUUUCUGAUGACCUCUUCAAUAGGAGUUCGACAGAAUACAAAGCACUAGAACAACAGUUCAUGCAAUUGCUCCUUCCAUACCUUCAGUCCAACCUUACAGGUUUCAAGCACUUGGAAAUACUUAACUUCAGGAAUGGAAGUGUGAUUGUGAACAGCAAAAUGAAAUUUGCCAGGACAGUGCCAUACAAUAUCACAGAAGCAGUACACUGUGUUUUGGAAGACUUCUGUGAUGCUGCAGCCCAACACCUCAAUUUGGAGAUUGACAGCUAUUCCUUGGAUAUUGAGCCAGCUGAUCGGGCAGACCCAUGCAAAUUCAUGGCAUGUGACAAGUUUUCCGAAUGCAUAAUGAACGAGUGGACAAAGGAAGCUGACUGCCUUUGUAAACCUGGUUAUGCCAGCCAAGAUGGAUUGCCCUGCCGGAGCCUGUGCGAGCUGGAACCCCAUCUUUGUGUCAAUGGUGGGAAAUGUGAGUUAGUUCCAGGAAGAGGAGCUGUCUGCAGGUCACCAGGCCAGUUUACAAAGCCAAGACUGACAAGUUAGUCCUUGAAAUUCUUCGUUUCCGGCAUCAGCCAGACAAAACCAAGGUAUUCAAAAAAGAAGAUCUGCAUUAUUUAAGGGUGGACUUCAGGAUGAUUAUGCACAUGAAAAAAAUUCAAGGAUUCCUAAAAAUAUAAUGUUUUGGCUCUAAAAUCAGGACACAUUAAAAAAAUUGUUUUACUGAAGAAAAGCAACAUGACCAAGUUGAGCAGCUAUUAUACAGUGUCUAAAAUUUACCUGGUAGGAAGUCAUAAUUGUUAGGAUGCAUACAUUAAGCAUCCAGUGCUUACAGGUCUUAACUGUUUUAUUUAAGAGCCGAGUGCUAGAAACAGAUUUUGCUGAAACAUGACAUUUUUCAAUAUUUGUCAAUGGAACUUCAUCAUAUUUCCAUACCCUUUUAUUAACCUUCCUUACACACACUAAUGUAAGUGGUGAACAGAAAUACGAACUGUCAUUGACCAAAGGACACAUUAAAAGCAUCCGGGAACUUCUUUAUUCUCUCCCUACAAUGCUCACAGUGCAAAUCACACACAAGUCGGAAUUAAUUUUUUUAAGGGUUUCUAUGAACAUUGUUUAUACAUAUGUACAUAUACACUUAACUGCUUAAUUUCUGGUGACAGUGAAACUAUCAGAUUAUCCUAAGACUUCAAACUUUUUGCUGAGGCACAAUACCUGGAGUUUCAUCUUUUCGGAACAAGGUAUUUACAUUCACAAGCACCUCCCUGGUAAAAAGUAGAUUAGAAUUGCACAUGAUUGUGUACACUUUAAACUCAGUAUGCACACAAAUAAUUUUGAGAAGUUACUGUCAGUUUUUGUAGAAGAAAUCUAAGCAGACAUCGGGCAGCCUUUAAGUAUUUUGUAGGCUUAUUAAUUUAUGCACUACAAAUCCACAAUCUUGAUUCAAGUAUGAGCAUUAUUUUACCUUGAGCAUCUGUUUCUUGAGUAUAUCUAUAAUAUUUAUAUCCUGUACCAGUGUUGUACAAUAUUCAGGCACUGUUUCCUGCUUGGUGCACACCAGAAGUCGUACUUACAGCUCAAACUGAGCUUUGACAAAGUUCAUGACUAUUCUGGAUGACAGGUCCUCAUUCAGAUGUGAAACUUUUGUGUAUUUGGGACAUCAGCUGAUUUCAGCAACAAUUCUUCUUUCUUCGUACCGCGCAGUUACCACAGCAAAGACUGAACUUUAGUUUACCUUAUUAUGUACACUCAGAAGAACUGUUUACGAAUUCCAAACAACUAACUGCACGGAUUUGCCUGCAAAACCACCGAAACUGGUGAUAGUGUACGAAUGAAGGCAAAGCACCAAGAAUACAAGGUUGAGUUUCUACAGCUGAAAUAGUAUUUUUACUUACUUUAUUUAAGUAGAAAAAAAAAUAAAGAAGAAACCUAAGAUGUGGUUUUACCCAGUAACACUUCAGAAUAAAACUACUUUAAAAAUAUUACUUGCAGGGCACUGGAAGUCAUCCCUGCCAACAAAUGUUAGCUUUUCACUAUUGCUCAUGUAAGCUAAGAAUACAUUAAGAAUGCUGAUAGCAUUCCAUUUUUUUUCCAUUACAAAUGUAUUUUUGUAUGUGUUUAGUGUAUUUCAAGUCAUACUAGUUAUCACUAGCCAGAUUAAAAAGUAAGUAGUUUUAAAAUGUGUCUUUUAAUAAUGAUUAUUCAUGAUUGUAUUUAUCACUCUCAACUAUUAAUUACCAAAUAUAUUUGCUGGACGUAAGCCUUUUGUAUUUCAAUAAAACAUAAUAAAACUAUUUACUUGAAAAUUU